UGUGAAGCCGAGUCGAGCUGUGCAGAUCACCGCUGGAAGGAACGGGUAACAGGGUGACAUUAAAAAAGUACACUGAGUGAGUGCUGAGCCCCGUUAGCCAAUAAGGAGACAAACCCCGCUUCACGAGAGAGAAAGAAGCAGAGGAUGUCCAAAGCUGACUGGUCCUUCCUGGAGCACCUGCUGGAGGAGGGCCAGGAGUAUUCGACAGGCAUUGGCCGCGUCUGGCUUACCGUACUCUUCCUGUUUCGUAUCCUGGUAUUGGGAACUGCCGCCGAAUCUGCCUGGGAUGAUGAGCAAGCUGACUUUGUCUGCAACACGCGACAGCCUGGCUGCACCGCUGUCUGCUAUGACAAGGCCUUCCCCAUUUCCCACUUUCGCUACUUUGUCCUCCAAGUCAUCUUUGUUUCCACGCCAACCAUCUUCUAUUUUGGAUACGUGGCUAUAAGGGCUAGGGAAGACAAGAAAAAAGAAGAGGAAAAGGAUGUGGAAGGUGUUGGUGGAAGUAAGAGAGGAGGAACUGUAAUAGAAAGGGACAAUAAGCAUGUGACUAAAGACAAUGGAAAGGAGAAAGAGAAGCAGGAGGAUAGUGGGAACGGUAGAAAAGUUGACAAGGCUCCUCCUGAGGCCCCUAAACUGAAAGGCAGGUUGCUGUGUGCAUAUGCAUUCAGCAUCCUGUUAAAGGUCCUCAUAGAAAUUGGCUUCAUCAUAGGGCUGUGGAUCCUGUACGGUGGCUUCUUCAUAGCAGCAAAGUUUGAGUGCAAACGGUUCCCUUGUCCUCACACGGUGGACUGCUUUGUCUCUCGACCCACGGAAAAGACCAUCUUCACCAUCUACACUCAGGUGAUCGCUGCCAUCUCCCUGCUCCUCAACCUCAUCGAGUUCCUCCACCUCUUUCAGCUCGCCAUCUCCCACCACCUGGAGAAGCGCUACCGCACCCAGCGCCAAGACUACCUACCUCGGUCCGAGCAGGUACAAGCUGGACAAAAGUCUCCAGAACUUCAAACAGAGGUGCCGCAUGCUUACAAGGUAGGGAGCCAAGUUAAGCUCCCCAUGCAGGGAGGGGCUGCAUGCUAUUCCAACCCCUGUGAGAGCUACGGGGAACCGACUAUAGAGGUGAACUGGGGGCCUGAGGAAGCUGGGAGCGACAUGCUUCCUAGUUAUGUGAACUGCAUGGGGGCUAUGAGGACAUCACAUUCCCCUAGAGCCCAUUAUAAAAAACACGCACAUCACACUGGUAAGAACAGUAAGGGAACCCAUAAGGGACAUUCAAAGCAGAAGAAUUAUGUUUGACACAUUCAGGGGGCUGUGAUAUGUUGUUUAUGACUAUGACUACUUUGCUUUCUGAGUCCAGGUUUUUUUUUUUUUAAUAAAAACUAUCCUGCACAUGACAUUUGAGUAGCAGGAGUGCAUGGUGAGAGCUCAGAUGAGGGGGAAAUGAAGAAGAACAA